AUGUCGACUAAAGGCCCCGUUUGUGGCGUCGAAAACUGCAGGUCUAGACGCUACGAGGAGGGCGAAGACGGUUACUUGUAUUGUCAAAAUGGCCACCAACAGGCGGGGCUAGUCCGCGGAGAAGACGAUGAUGACUACGUAGGAGCUGCCCGAACAGUCACGCGCAAAAAGAAAGAGACGGAAGAAGACGACAAAUCGACUGGCAGGAUUUACAAGGGUCCUCGAGCUUUUGACCUGUAUUUGAAGUGUCUGCAACUGAUUCUGCGACAUCAGCUUUGGUAUCUCGUAAAAGACCGAGGAUUGCCAAUUGAACUUGAAGCCGUCACGCGCGAUCUCUGGGCACUGCGUAUCGCCCAACUUGGAGACAGGAUUGCGAGUCAUGACGAAGACUCGUCAGAAUCCCAAUCUCAGCAGCAGGUUUUCAGCACUCUGGAGAGCGAGGAUGAUUCUACAGACAAUGAGAAAGGUCACCUCCGAGAUGCAAAGGAAAAGAGAAAUUUGAGGUUGUCGGCAGCACCCAAUCUUAACGACUGUCUAGUUCUAUGCUAUCUUGGUAUCAUGACACUAAGGCUGCCAUUUACGCCAGGCGACAUCCAUGCAUGGGCUACCGAUGGGCAUUUGGCAUAUCGAAGGGCAAUCAAGCUACUGCCACUCACCAUGAGAGAUCGGCUGCCACCUGCCUACCACGCUGUUCUUGAUCCAAGCGCACCGCUCACUCACACACGAUUUUACAAAACACUCGCAGACCUGCAAAUCAGCUACAGUAAAGACCAUGGUAUAACCUGGCCGGCUCUCAACGUGCCGCUUUUGCUAUUCCGCUAUUUAAAAGAGCUCGCCUUACCACUUGAGCUGUAUGAUGCAACUAGACGUCUUGGCGACUUGCUGGGCUACGAUUUUGCUCCCCACUACAGCGGUAAGAAACGUCUGGGUAUACGGCAUCUUGCCGAGGCGCAACUGGUGAGCUGCCUCAUCAUAUGUAUCAAAGUACUCUACCCACUUGAUGAUGAGAAGCGUUAUCCAAAGUCAUCAUCGGAACCAACGGCAGCGGUGAUGAGUUGGCAGGCGUGGUGCGAGCAGAUGCAGGCCGCUGAGAAAUCGAGGCGAGGAGACAACGGACGCUUUACAACCGAACAGUUGACAAAGCUACAGGAGAAGGACAUGUUAUCAAUGGAACCCCAAGAUAUGGACCAGUAUCUGGACUUCUACGCCAGUACAUUUCUGGAUAAUGCUGAAAUACAACGCACCAGGGACAUUGAUGAUUUUCGAAACGCGUUGUACGACAUUUUCUCUAUCGAUAAUGAGGCACAACAUCCCCCACAGGAGCUAUCCUGUGGAAUUCCUCUAGGUCAGAGAUUAGAGGUCGUGAAGGCAGUUCAUGGCGUGAUGAAUACGAUGCCAGUUGUAGCUGAGGACACCGGGGUACUUAGGGUAGGGCAGGCGUAUCCAAUCUGGAAGAUGGAACAAAAUUUACCAGACGCAGCGAAGAUCCUAUACGAACAAGCUGCAAAGAUAGCUGGCUUAUCUGUGAAUAUGCUCACUUUGGCAGUGGUUUUCACAGAGGCAAGGGUUGAACAGUGGAAAAGGGCACAGAAGAAGCAAGCUUGA